GUGACGAUGUGAAUGAUUUAGACAGCAGGUGUGUGUGUGUGCAUGUGUGGAGGGAGGGCCAAUGGACAAAAAGAGAAGGAACAGGAGCAAAGUUUAAACAAAGGGAGAAAAAAAGGUGAGAAAUCUUAAGACAGCUCAGACACUAACAGAUGGAUCUCUGAGUUACAAACAAAAAAGAGACCAAGCUGGAGAAAGAAAAGGAGACUCAGGGCAUGGAGGCCGAGGUGGAUGAAGAUGACGGGACGUUCACCAACAUCUCUCUGGUAGACGACACAGAGGACAGUGGAUCUGCAGCCCUGUAUUCUAAACAGGAGAACGAGCUUGUCAUCAUGAACUGCGACAUAGAUGGUGACAUGGAGAACCAGGUGGAGAUGGAGGAGAAGACAAGGUUAAUAAAUCAGGUUUUGGAACUCCAGCACACACUGGAAGACCUGUCGGCACGGGUUGACGCAGUCAAGGAAGAGAACCUGAAGUUAAAGUCUGAGAACCAGGUCCUCGGUCAGUACAUCGAGAACCUAAUGUCAGCCUCCAGCGUCUUCCAGACGACCGACACCAAGAGCAAACGGAAGUGAGCUCCCCUUGUGUAAAAGCUCAAGUCCCAGCCCAGGUGCUGGGAGAGGAAACCCGCCGUGGAUACAUGGAGAGGGGUUUGUUUUCUCAGCAGACCUGGGAGUUUUCUGUAUUUGUUAGAGCUCACUUACCUGAGUCCAAACUAACAGUUUAAUUAUUAAAAUGAUAAACUGACCCUGUCUCACAGGCACCAACUUUAUGUUAGUCUGGCUCAGGUCUGUUUUGCAGCAGCUUCCUCUCCACACUACAUAACCAGGUUGACAUCACCCUUUAAUCACCAAAACAGAACCAGAAUCAUUUUUACCUUGAGUUUCUUCUAAAUACUCCCUUCUCAAAGUAGUGUCAGUAAAAUAGUUUGAGCUCUGUUUUACCUGCUUGGUUUUCUGAUUGAGAUCAAGUCCGAUACUCGGUUUAUUUCCCAGCUCUCUACAGUGUAGUGUUCCUGUCUCAAAGUGACCAGUAAGUGGGUGAAAACAAUCCAGAAAUAUUAUAAAUAUUAUUUGACCAUGAAAUUUUCAACACUAGUUUAACUUAUUUAUUUAUUUUUAUAAAGUAUUUUCUACUUCAGCUGGAUCUGAGUUUUUAGCAGGUCUUGGAUGUCAUCAUGUAUAUGUAAAGUACGACUGCAUCCCUCAGUUUAAAGGUGGUAAACUGAACAGUAUUACAGAGAAUGAGAAAAUGUAUUCGGAUUGCAUGUAAAAUACACCUACUGAAUGGGCUUCUUUUUCCUCGACAGUUUACCACAUCUAAUGAAAUGUCAUUAAUCCAAUACUCACUGUGUGUAUAAAGCUACUGACGACUGUGCAACAAUAGGAUGUGGACGCUCGAUACGUGUAGGUGUUGAGAGCUCAGCAGCAGUUUUAAGUUAAAGCACAGAGAGACUAAAUGUGUGAUCUAGCACUCCACAGAAGCGUAGGUGUUAACUGACAUCAGUGAUGUUUUUAUUGCAAGAGGUUGCUUUUUAAAUCACAAUGAUGCAAGAUUUUCUUUAUGUAUUUAAAAGAAUUUGUACCGAUUUGUUCAUGUAAUUAAUUAGUGUUGUUGCCCAAACUGUUGUGACAAAGAAAAUGGUUGGCUCACAAAUGUAGCAGGGCUUGUUCAGAGACAAAACCUGCAUCAUUACAUUUUCUGUCCUUUUCCCGUAACAUUCGGAGGGGACUGAAAGGUCCAGAUGACACAAGGAGGCAAGAAGGAGAUGCUUUCCCCUUUAACUGCAAGACCAAAUGCAUUUAAAAGGCCUUUAGUGCUAUCGAUCCACUCAGCCAAGGCUGGAAUACAUCACCUGCUAGAGGAUGGGUUUGACUGUAAAAUGUGCUGACAUCCUCAGUGUACAGCAGACUGGAGGGUGUGUCUAAGCCGGCAUCAUAUAAAAUGACUAAAGGAAGAAGGAGAUGAAAAGUAAUGUAAUCUGAACAAAUAUGGAAAUAUCCAGUUCAGUGUCUGGACAGCAGUGAUUCAUGUGUAAACAUCAGGUGACUGCAGUGCCGUUUGAGAAGGGAUAAACUGGUCGCAUGAGAAGAUGUAAGCGCUGUAUAUGCUGUAAUUUAUUUAGUUUAUUUUGAUAUUUUUAACAGUUGUACAGUAGUAGGUCAUUAAUUUCUUUCUGGCAUGCCAAAUAUGCCCUGCCUACACACUCUGCUACCAACUGUGUGUGUAUGUGUGGGUGUGUUGACACCCUGCACCUUUGCCUUUUAAGAUUUUUGUUUUAAUAAAAAUCAAAGAUAAAAAAAAA